AACGGUGUUGCGACAUGCCUGGAAAACGGUGUUUAUAAAGCGAAGAGCAGUAGGCAUAUGACACAUUCUUGCGCUACGUGCGGUUAGUCUGUAUGUAAUCUCUUCUCUAGGGGUCAGGAUCCCAGACUGACUACGGAGGGUAUACCCCUGGGAAAUUAAUGAAGAAACACGUUUUGCUUCUUUUCACAUACAGAGGACUCGUGAGAAAAGGAAAAAAGAGUAAAAGAAGAAAAUGGCCAAUUUUAUAUUACGGAAAGCUGAACCCAAGGACGUGCCUGACUUAUUGCGACUCAUAAAGGAACUUGCAAAAUUCGAAGAAAUGGAGGAGCAGGUCAUUCUGACUGAGAAGGACCUGCUCGAAGAUGGCUUCGGGGAUCACCCAUUUUACCACUGCGUCAUCGCCGAAGUGCCCAAGGACCAGCAGAGCGUAGAGGGAUAUACUAUCAUAGGAUUUGCCAUGUACUACUUCACCUAUGACCCCUGGAUAGGAAAGCUGCUGUACUUGGAGGACUUCUAUGUGAUGACGGAGUACAGAGGGUAUGGAAUUGGGUCAGAGAUUCUGAAGAAGCUCAGUGAGACGGCGGUGAAGACGCGCUGCAGCAGCAUGCACUUCAUUGUGGCCGAGUGGAACAAGAAAUCCAUCGAGUUCUACAAGCGGCGCGGCGCGUCUGACCUCUCACUACAGGAGGGCUGGCGGCUCUUCGAGAUAGACAAGGAGUACCUGCUGAAGAUGUCCGCCAAGUAGAGAUGGCCGUGAUGUGGACACGUUUACCCCCUGGGUGGGGCAUUCUGUUACUUUUCCUUUCUCUUUUUUGAGUAAGCAAAAAAAAAAAUUUUGGUCUUUGCUUGUUUCACACAUUAUAUGCAAUAAAAUACACAAUAUUA